GAGAGCUGUCACUAAUCGGUUGCAAGAAGUGCAUGCAGAUUAUUGAAGUUUUCCUGGAAAAGUUCUGUUGUGCACUGAUGCUCCACCUCCAUAACGACCAUGUGAUGCAGGUCCAGCAUAGACUGCCAGUGGAGGGAGGAGACCACAUCGUCUGCUUCUAACUGGGAGAAUACUGGAGAAUGUGAUUACCCUCAGAGGUCCUAAUACAAGGAAAAGACUGACAGAAGACAUAUUUCUGAUCACUGCAUUACCUGCACUUCUCACCCCAAAGGGACAAAUAAUGACACGCUUACUGAUGAUGGGAGACAAGCUGCUGGACAUGUGGACAAGAGAAGACAGAGAAGAACGUUUCAGUGUGGAUGGAGACAGGGAAGCACAGCAGCACAGAAACAUUUCCCAUUCAAUUGACGAAAUUCUACGAAGACCGACGCGCGUCAGAAAAGAGGAAAGAGUUUAUCGAGACUGGUCUGUUAUUAAAGAAAACAGUCAUGUGCACAACCAGCAUCCGUGUACAGGUUCCCCACAGAAAAGACCUAAAGAGUUUCCCAAACCUGCCUCAGAACAUAAAAGUCAGAAGAGGAAAAGGCAAACCAGGGUGACGUUCACCCCGUUCCAGGUGCAGGAGCUGGAGAAGGUUUUCCAGGAGACUCACUAUCCAGACGUCAACCUGAGGGACGCGUUAGCCUCCCGCCUGCAGCUCACUGAGGGGCGAAUACAGAUUUGGUUCCAGAAUCGCAGAGCCAAGUGGAGAAAGACUGAAACACUAAAGGAAAUGGAGAUGGUGACCAGGCGGCACAUGCGUUUAACCAGCCAUCCCCUGCUUUAUUACGAGGAACCGCCUCUUGAAUCGAUGUGCUGGCUGUCGUGCUGGACACCUGAACCGGUGCCAUCGAGACUGUUCUUCAGAUCCAGGCCGAGGCAGCUGUGACCAGCACACUCCCACAGUCACAGGACUCUGCUCUGACACGUCCGGGACAGAACCAUAGAGCCCUGCAUUAUUUCUCACAGACUGACAGAAUCUUAAAAAUCACUUUUUUAUGUUAAAUGAGAAAAAUUAUGGUGCAUUAUGGAACCAGAAUCUCUCAAGUUUCACUUUAUUUCCCUGACAUUGUGUGCCGUGCAUGCAAAGUGAGAUAAAGCUGCAU